AUGGAUAGCAGCGAAGAAAGUAGUUGUGCUAGUGAACAUAGCGAAGUAUAUAGUUCUGAAACAGAUGAAAGUAUUUGCAAAGGGUGUUAUGAUAACGAACCUGAAUAUACUGAAAGUCAGUUGAAAAACAUUUGUUCAUCAAAAACUGCGAAUGAUAUUUCAGACGACGAAGAUGAGGAUUUAGACUCAAGCAGGUUAGAAAACUUACAUUGGUGUAAGUGUAAAAAAUGUGAUAUACACGAGUUAAUGACUGUUAAAGAAUGCAAGUGUUGUUUGGAGUUUACAACUUUACUGGGAGAAAAGCUGGAAGAGAAUACAUGUAUUACCUUGCAUAAAGAUUUUAAUAUUCUUUGUUUAAAUCGCACCGUAUUAGAGACAGCAAGCAUUAGACAUCGCAGAUAUCAAAAUAAUUUCAAGGAUAUAAAAUCUUUUCAAAACAAACAACUACGCUUUCAGCAUACAGACAAUAUACGGCUUGGGUGCAUUACUAUGAAACACUGGAAAAAGGAUGUAGAGUUGUUAUACCGGCAUGCGUUGUGAAAAAAAUUCGUGAAAGUUUCCCAGAAAAAGAUGGAAAAUAUACAGGAUUCAAAGCUUUUGUAGAUUUGUAAAAUCUGUAAUUUAAUACGGUAGUGCCAUCCAUGUUAAUAAAUUCGUAAGUUUUGUGUUUAAAAAUAGUUGGAACUGCUCCACAAAGUAGCUCUUUCCGUUUCGAUGGUAUCCCCGUUAGACGUCCUUUUAAAUCAUCUUUAAUGCAGUCAGGAUGGAAGUGGUCUUCACAUACAACUUUAUUUUUCCCAAAUGGAAAUGUUUCUACAUUAAAUCCAGUACCAAUAUUAUGCAACCAUUGUGCUGCGCGAAGUUUUUCAGUUGUAUUCACUGGCUUUGGGAUCAUGAAAAAACUUUUUUUAGCAGUUACUCUCCCAGUGGUUUGCGAACAUCCAUAUGCCAGGCAACUUGGUAUUUUGAGUAGUAAAGACAAAAUGUACAAUUAUAGUUAAGAAGUAAAAUUCAUCUUUUAUGUCUUCAUACAUCAAAUCAGGCGAACCUUAUAGUAUGGUUUCACUUACUCACUUGCGGAUCAUACGUCAUUGCUCUCCAUCGUAGAGUUUUUUUAUGUACUCUAACGGAGAUGUAAAUAAUAACCUUUUUACUCUAAAAUCCUCAUAAAAAUACAUUUUUUUUGAAAAAAAAUUUAAGGUAUCUUUUUUAAAUAGUAUAAUAAACAUUUUAUGAAAAAAAAAAAUU